AUGGAAAACUUCCCCAUGAUGAUGUACCAACAGUUGAUGGCUAUGGCCGCGGCUCAACAACCUCCAUCAGCCUCGACCGGUUCAAACUCAAAUGGCUCAAAUUCUGGAGCCGCGUCUCCACCGUGCUCCGUUCACUCAGACAACGGAUCUCCAGAAUCGACGGAAGGCAGUCUGAACAAUAAUCAGACCACAGCCAUGGCCAACAUGCAGGAGUUGCUAAAGUCUUUCCAACAACCUGGCCACAUGUUUCCAUUCCCUUUUGGCUUCAACAAUCCCGCCGUCAACGCGAAACCAGCCAUGCCAAUGCUUUUCAAUCAGAGCCCGAUGUUGAACAGUGAACAAGUAAGUAGUUUAGAGAGGUUUUGAGGAAAAGAAGUAUUGUAAAAGGGUUUUUGAUAGCAUAUCAGGUAUUGUAAAGUAAGGUUUUUCAUAUUAUAGUAGCUAGAGCGUAAUAUUAUAGUACAGAAAGUUUGCGUUUUUUAUGUUGUAGUAGAUAGAGUGUGAUGUUAUCGUAGAGAAACUGUAAUUACAGCUGGUACACUAUAGUAUUUUAUGUUAUAGUAGUUAAACGUUUACAUUGCAGUAGGGAAACUGUAACUAUAUUUCAAAAAGUAGCUAACGAACUAGGAUUUUUGAUAUUAUAGUAGAUGAGAUGCUAUCGUAGUACAAAUAAAAGUUAUCGUAACGCAAAAAAUUUUAAAUUUUAAUUUUGCACUUAAUGUCACAAGCAUUAGCACCGUCUUUAUUACCGUUUUCCCUAACGUUCCUAAUCUUUGAUGUCCUUUCAAUCCUACAAUACGAAUAUAGCCGGCGGUGUCACUUCCAACUGCCACUUCGAAUAUCCAGCUCUUCACGUACUGCCGCCCAUAGUCAUGCCCUCCUCAUCCGGUGUGCGUUGAUCUGAUGUUCCUGAAACGUGCAUUCAGGUUUCUUUUCUUAAUCUGGUAUAAUAAUUUCCUCAGGACGUCACCUCACGUUGAACAGAUUAGGCCCGACCACUUCCGCGUUUACUUGUUUUCUCAAGUUUCUACAAUUUACUAGAUGGUAUUUUAGGCGGGAUUAACUGUAUAAUGUGACAUGUUUUUGUGGUAUCUUGAUGAUAACAUGGGUUUCUUGUGUUAUGUUUGGUUGGUAAGGGUUGACGUUGAUUUUGGUUUGUAAUAAUGAGCAGAAACGCCCAAAAAUUUUUUUUAUUUUGAUAUUUAGGUAACAGUCUUGGCGUCUUAUUCUGAUAUUUAGGUAACAGUUAAGUCUUGGCGUCAAUUUAUAAGGUUUAUAACAAGAACGAACGUCAGAACUUUUUUUUUACGUUUUUCUGUUAUGUUUAGAUGUUAAAGUAGGUUUCAAGCUAAAAAAUUUUUUAAUUUUUUAAAUUUGAAAAAAAAAAUUAAAAUCCCAGUAAAGUUUAAAAAAAAAAACAUGUUUUAUCUUCUUAAAUGUCAUCUUUUUUAUUAACUUGCUUCUCCUUUACAUAAAUAUUAUCUUACACAUCAUUCCUCUCAAAAACCUCACGUUACUCACCCUUAACAUAGUAAAAGUUGCUACAAUUGAAUUUGUGAAAACAUGGCUUCAAUAGCAGUUAAAGAGCACAAUCUCGGCAUAUCAUCUAAUAAAGUGCGCGAGAGUGCAGCCAUGACACCCUGAGGGGGCCUCGACUUGCCAUCAAUUAGGUUUGUUAUCCAGCUCGUUUUCGUGCUCUUGCUUCGACAACUCCUCAACAUUCUUCAUCUUAUAUCUAUAUCCGAGUAGGACCUGUGUAGUCUUGGCUAUCAUAUAAAACUAUAAAACUUUGGUUCUGACAUUUUACUUUAGUCUACUGUACUAUACUAGAAGCUACUAUAAUAUUAUACUACCUAAAAUCCUACUUCAAUUAUUUUUUGAUAUUUUUAACUUAACAAUAUUGAUUAAAAAAACUAUAUUAAACAUGGUGAAAAACCAUUUCCUUCCAAACAUGUCCGCUACAACUCUGCCUAAGUUACAGGUGAUCAAGCGGAUCGAGCGAUUGGACGAGGAGAACAACGUCGAGGGUCUAAUGAAGUUUGUCAAGGAGCUGAGCCAAGAGACCAUCCUCGCCAUCUGUAGGCACGAAAGCUUUCUGCGAGCACGAGCCAUAGUACUGUUUCAUCGAGGAGAGUAUCAGGAAAUGUACAGCCUGUUGGAGAGUCAUCAGUUUGGAGCCGGCAGUCAUCAGAAGCUUCAAGCAUUGUGGCAAGAAGCACGAUACCGCGAGGCUGAGAGGGUGCGACAACGGUAAGGAAAUUGAUUUUUUAUUGAUUGGGGUUUAAGGCAAAAGUUGCUAUUAUCUUUUUACUGUGCUAAAAGUAGUAUUUAUAUUAACAUUUAGUAAUAUUUUGAUCAAAAAAUCGGCAAAAAAAACUUUUUUAUACCUAAAUUUUUGCAUUUUCUAUUUUUUCUUCAAAAAACUAAAGAAAAAUAAUGUUUCUGAGUACAAAAACACAUUCAAAAUACUAAAAAUUUAUUUUUAUUUCACUAAAAUACUAUUUUCAGGCCCCUCGGCCCCGUGGACAAAUACCGCGUUCGGAAGAAGUAUCCUUUGCCUAAAACAAUAUGGGAUGGUGAACAAAAGACCCACUGCUUCAAGGAGAGAACGCGCAGCACGUUGAGGGAACAUUACCUGAAGGAUCCCUAUCCAAAUCCUCAAAUGAAAAAGGAAUUGGCAACAAAGACUGGUCUUUCGCCGAUGCAGGUCGGGAACUGGUUCAAGAACCGACGUCAACGUGAUCGUGCGGCUCAUAUGAAGAACCAGUAAGUCUUUUAAGUUGAAAUUCGAGUUGAGAUUUUAAAAUUUGAUGUAAAGGAUUCAAAUUAGGCUUAAAAUUGAGGUAUUCAAGCCGAAGUGAAAAAAUGUUACCUAAAAUUUUCGAAUUUUAAAAUUUUUUAAAUUUUGUAAAGCUUUUUAAGCCUAAUCAUCGAAAAAAUCUUUUUAUUUCACUUCGUAUGCCAAAAGUGCAUUCGUUAUCUCGAUGUCAUACGGUCCUUUCGCUUCUCGAGACAUGAAAGAAAUCAUAAUAUACAUAUCGCACUGUAGCGUGUAAUAGGUUGACCGGAUUACCUUUAUGGGGCGAACCGGAUGUUAAUGAAAGGGCCGCUCCCCUCCAAUAUGUUCGGCUGAUUUGUAACGCUACAUUUGACUUUGGGGGGAUUGGGCGCUUCCAUUUGCAUAAACACAGCCUGUUAUUAAGCCCUAAUUGGCCGGCUUGAUUAUGAAUUUGUGGCAGUAAAUUAAGUGGCAUUAAAUUGAAGGGCUGAGGAAGAUUGCUUAAGGGCUUUUGCUGCUUUGUAGGUUGAGUAAUGAGUAGUUUUGUAUGUUGAGUAAGUUGUUUUGUAGCAAAAUAAGGCGAUAAGAAGUGUUUUUGUUCUAUUUUGAGGUUUAUUUUGAGCACAGUUUUAUUUUUAUUUUACUUUAAGUUUAUUCCUAUAGACUAAAACACUUUUUACUUUAACAUCUUCUACUAGCUUCCAUAACACCUUAUAUAAAGCUCAACAAAACCUGUAAUCUUCACCCAGACUCAUACUUUAGCCACCAUUAUGCCCCAUUGUUUGUAGACCACCAGGCUUAUGUCGUGUCUCACUUCGCGGCUAAUUACAAACAUUAGGUAUGAGGAAUUAUAAUCGCGACUUGUUCAAGUAUUAUGUGGCUUAAUCGACAAUGGGUUUUGAGUGAGGGGUGCGCGAACAAUUAAUUUGUUUGUGUAAAGGGCUACCGAUCAAUUUUAUACCGUAGUAUUUUCGAAGCGCAAACAAAUAUCGGCUUAGGGCCAAGAGUGCUCUUGUCAUAAUCACAAUCUGCGCAUAAUCGUCGCCUGCGGCUAUUAAGGAGGGGGGGGGGAGGAGGGAGUCUAAUGAAAGAAUGAACGGCCGAGGUCAAGGUGGUAGUCGCUAUAGUAGUUUUGAUGGAAUUAAGAGUACAAAAUAUUGAUUUAAGUACAACUCAUAUCAUAAAUAGUAAAAAACACAUGUUUUAAACGGUCAUAAAAAGUCUCGUCGCCAAUUUACCUUGAUUUUCACGCUCAAAAACGACAAGACUUCGCAAAUUUAGCUAACCUUGUCUCUUAAUAACAUGAAAAAGCCUGCCAAAUACUAUACCUUACACAAUACAAUGCUUAAAUUAAACAAAGUAUUAUACCGUCAACCUCUUUAUACACACCGUAACUCAAAUCCUCCUCCAGUAUCGCCCGUAAAGCCAUGUUCGAUAGCAAUCGUAUUAAAAGCCGUAAGCGGGCCCUUAUGCAACAUAUAUUUGUCUUGUGUGUUUGCUCAGGUGCUGAACGAUAACCUCAUCCCUUUUAAAUGACAAUUGGUGUGAAAUUGCGCACUCGAUGCCGCUUUCAGCACGAUGCCGCUGCCAAGUGCGAUGACCUCAGCUGACAAAGUGUUUUUUCACUGCGCUACCGUAGCAACAACACGAUGAUGUAAGAGAGGCGUAAUGCAACAAUUCCUAAUCUUACACAUCUGGAGAGGAGGGCGCGGUAGGAAACCAAUUAGCGAAGAAGCGCUAAUUCAGUUACUCUGUAAAUACACUUAGUUAAACGGCUUUAUUUGCAUAUAGUACGGGCGUUAAGCCGUUUAAAAACAAUAACAAAUCCGAAACAUUUGCUGGGGUACAAAGGCAAAGUUGUGUAAUGACGAAAGAUAGGAUUUUACAUUUAAAAAUAUUCAAAAACUUUAAAAAAUUAAGAUAUUGGAAUUGCAAAAAAAUUUUAAAAAAAUACAAAAUUCAUCAAGUUACAGUAGUCCAAUACUCUAACAAUCCCAUUUCAGGCAAAAUGGCAUCUUAUUGGACCCAAACACCAGAAUGCAAAGCCCAGACUCUUCCCAUUCUGAUAUGGAAAUGACACUAGAAGACGGCCAAUCAACGUCGCUACUCCGGGGCUCGCCAAGCACCGAUUCCGAUGAUAAUAACACAUCGGCCAACUCCGUGAAGUCGCCCACGAUGAUGUUCGCCAACUUUAUGAAUCCAAUGAACCCAUCCCUAUUGCCACCGUUGUCUGCACCCUUCCAGUUCAGCCCCAACAACAACACCAACAUGAUGGAGGUGUGGAGCACCUUCUUCCAGAACCCCCUCUUCAAACAGUUCCAGAUGAACUUCCUGGCGAAUCAGCAGAAGCUGCUACAGAAGGAGAUGACGAUGCAGAAGGAAGAGCCGAAGGAAGCCAAGGCCGAAGCCCAAGCGACGCCGAAACGCUCCAAGCUGUGCAUCGACGAGUUGCUGAAACAGAAGGAGAUGGAGAGUGAGGAGAAGCCCACCGACACUUCCGGCUCGGGAGCUUCAGGACAUGGAGAAGAAGAGGAGCUUUAG